GCACCGGGAGCGCGCAGCACGCUCCGGCUCUGGGCGGGUCCUGCGGUGUCGGCGAGGCUCCUCCCCCUGCUGCUCCUCCCCUCUCCCCGCUCCAUCUGGACCUACUCCUCGGGUGCUCUCCCGCAAAGUGUCCUCCUCUGGGUCCCCUCUGUCUGCUCCCAGUCAUGGUGGCCUGGCGCUCGGCGUUCCUCAUCUGCCUCGCUUUCUCCUUGGACACUCUGGUCCAGAGAGGAUCCGCAGACUUUGAUUUUGAUCUGAGUGAUGCAUUGCAGGAAACUUCCUCAGUAAAGCAGAGAUGGGACCAUGUCACUACCACAACCAAGAGACCUGGAACGACCAGAGCUCCGGCAAAGCCUGCAGGUGAUGAUUUCGACUUGGCUGAUGCUUUCGGUGAUCGUGAUGAUGGCCGCAGGAAGCCAAGUGCAGGAGGAGGAGAGAGAUGGAACCAUGUCACUACCACAACCAAGAGACCUGGAACAACCAGAGCUCCUGCAAAGCCUGCAGUUGAUGAUUUUGACUUGGCUGAUGCCUUGGAUGAUCGAAAUGAUCGAAAUGAUGGCCGUAGGAAGCCGAGUGCUGGAGGAGGAGGUUUUUCAGACAAGGAUCUCGAAGACGUAUUAGGGGGUGGUGGCUACCAACCCGACAAGGGUAGAGGUGAUGGCCGGUAUGGCACCAAUGACGACUCGGAAGCCGGAAUGUCACCAGAGACUGGCACCAUUGCCGGUGUGGCCAGUGCCCUGGCCAUGGCCUUGAUUGGCGCCGUCACCAGCUACAUCUCCUACCAGCAGAAGAAGUUCUGCUUCCGAAUCCAGCAUGCAGCAGAAGGUCAAGAGGGUCUCAAUGCAGACUACGUGAAGGGAGAGAACCUGGAAGCUGUUGUGUGUGAAGAACCUCAAGUGAAAUACUCAGAACGGCCACCACAGUCCGCAGAGCCACCGCAGCCCCAGCCGCCUCGGAUCUGAGGAUCCCUUGCAGCAGCCGCUCACAGUGGUCCUGCCACUGAGGACCAAGAUCCUUCUUUCAUUAGGACCCACAGCUGCUGUCCUGUUCCUUUGAUAUCAUUGGCUUCUCGUUGUUCUAAGUUUUUUUUUUUGGAUGAGCUCUUGGUGUUUGUGAGAUUGGUUUCUCUGCCUUGCAGACAGUGUGGGGUGCCCUCCCUGCCAAAGGUACCCUAAAAUCCAGCCUUGGGAGCUGCUGGGUCACCUACUCCCCAAAACUAGACAGUCCCAGACCUCACUGAGCUGGGGAGGGGGACCAAGCUGAGGGAGGCCAAGCAGACAAGAGAUAGACCACAGGGUAGUGUGAUUCCUGAGUUAUUACACUGACUCACUGGCGGGUUUCUGCCAAAAGGCAGCCCUGGUGUGACCUCAGAGAACUAACACAGCUAACACACAUGGUGCUUAGAGACCCUGCAAGGAACAAACGAGUGAACACCAGGUACGGGGGGGUCAUUUCUGUCCUUUCCAAUUCCAGUUUGACACCUGCUGCUGGGCUUCCAGAGAGCUUUAUGUUUUACAUUUAUUUAAUUGCAAAAAUGCAUGGCAUGCUAGCCCUGCCCUCAGAGUUUAGGAAUUUUCUAGACAAGUAGAAGCUGUGACUCUCAGGUCUAAUUCCCUUCUGAUUCCACAGGGGAUUGGACGUGGUCUCCAGGCUGACAUGAUUAGUUUUUAGGAAUCAUUUAUGUACUAGAAAUGCAUUUAUCCCCCUCCCUCUUGUGUCCUUAUUUGGUAGCAAAAGCUAGACAUCAAGAAUGAGUAUCAAAGCCAGAAGCAUGCUUGUUUGCUUAGAAAUAUAUUUGAGGGAAAGGGGAGGGGAGGGGAGGGAAAGGAUGUUUGCUUGGUUUAACGACAUAUGCCUGCCUUGGCAAGUUUAUAGAUAUACUGCCUGGCCUGCUGAUGAUGAGCACUGGGGGCCUGCUCACUGCGGGAAACACCAGAACCUGAGGACUGGCUCCUCACUUGACCUGGCACUAUCUUGUUUGGGCUGGAGCAGAGCUGACUUCCUGGAAUGUUCUUUUUGGCCUGUUUCUGGGAACUCUGCUGUUAGAAGCUGAGCUAGAAUGUGGAGUCACCGUCUACUGAUUAUGAGUUGGGAGUGUCAAAAGUCACUCCCUGAAAGCAUAAUGAAGGUCAGCAGGAAGGUGGGCUCCUAUGUACACAAGUUCAUGUGCCUCUGCCCUGCACGGGAGGCCCCACCAGUCUCCCAGGCUCUAUGUUAGCUCCUUGUCUGCUGAGCUGAGAGCCAACUCCAACUUAAAGAAACAGUUGAAACCUGAACAGACCCCAUAGGUUAUCUAAUGGAUGCCCCAUGUGUUCAUUUAUGCACUUGUUUUAAAAACAUACUCCGUUGUGUGAUGGUAAUCAGUUCGGUUGGAUUGUGUGGCUCAGUGCUGCCCUUCAGAUCCAUUCCCAAUGCAGGCCUGUGGGUCCUAAAAUGCCUUCUGUGUCGGGGUACCUCCCAUUCAGCCAGGAGUGUGUGUCUUUGAUGGGGUGUGGAGCAUAGGACAUUGAAAGAAGGAAAAUGUGGCCUCCCCAGGUUCCAAGAGAUUGAGCAGGGGAGGCAUUGCUUGCAAGGUAUGCCCGUUUCUAACACCUCCCAGCCCUUACUAGCCAGAUUGUUGUCAACUUUGCUUGGCUUCUCCAUCCCAAUGAUGAUAAGAGCUAAUGGCCUGAACCCUGGCCAGUGCUGGGCUGGAGGCAGCUAUGAAGAAUUUUGCACCUGUGUCUUGUUGCUACAUAGAUUGGUUGACCUCAGGACCCAGGGACAGCCAGUGUCCUAAGGACAGGAGUCAGAGAGGGAUUGCGUUAGGAUGGCUGGGCACCAAGGCCCUCCUGAGGCCUUUAAAGGGGAAACAUAGGGCCAGCGUUUGCAUGCGAUUAAAUACUUCUCUACCUGCCACCGGGAACUGUGCACAUGUAUAGAGAAGUCAGCCACAGCAGCGAGUAGGAUGAGGAGCGAUUAGCCUGUGUGGCCCUUGGCAUGGUGAGGAUUGGCACCGGAAUUAGCACUGUUGGGUUUCUCCCCUUAGCUUUAACCCUAGGCUUGUGAUGGCAAAGAGCCUGCACUACUCCAUCUGGGCUGAGAAGUAAACACACUCAGUAAAGCCACAUUCUGAGCAGCACUGACUUCAGUUGCCAAACCCAUUUUGUUCCUUCCUAGCUCUCUGGGUGCCUUCUGCAGAAGGCGUGCUCAGACUCUCUCCUAGUGGCUGGCCAAGCCUGGAAAAUCACUCAGCCACCCAUUUGCCGAGCUGUCAUCCCAGGGGGAGUACUGAUACCUGCAGAAGCCUACAGGGCUUUUGUAACUUUGUGAUUAUCUGCAAGUUGCAUUGGCUGGUGUAGGCCUCUCUCAGGUGAUAAGGGAGACACAGUGAGUGAAUUAGAAGGGCCAGUUGAAAGGAGCCAGUCCUUAUCAGCUUAACGUGGUGGGCAGGUUGGGGGAAGCGGGGGAGGAGAGCUGGCUCAGUGUUAAUAACUGAGCCCGUGGAGGAAGGAGACAUGGCAGCUUUGUGGGGUGGAAUACCCUCUCAGGUCAGACCCACAGAACAGUGCCAGUCCACUGCCUUGGCUACUUGGCUUGGGCGUUAGUACCAGUUCUCGGAGGAAGAAGAAAUAGAGACUGAUCGAGUCCCCAGUACUUUUUAUGUGCUUGUAUUUAAGUGUGAAUUGUAAACUGUCUCGUCUUUGCAUUAAAUAAAAUGGAACCUAA